AUGUCUAAACCCAAAGAAAUACAGGAGGAUAAUUUAUCACAUUUCUUGCCGGAUCGACGAGAACGUUUUGGGGAUGAAGAUUGUGAGCUGCCAAUCGACCAAGGAUGGGCUUGGGUUGUUCUCGCUGCAAGCACAUUUAUCAAUACAAUAUAUGCCGGAGUUUUGAAGAAAUCCUUUGGGAUAUUUUUCGUCGAGAUAUUAGAUGUUUAUGGCGGGACUGUAUCGACAACAUCUCUUAUUUUGGGGCUCCAGUUCACGGUAUACUGUAUAGCAAAUGUCCCCGUACUGAUGAUCCUGUUACGGUACCAGAGCGUGCGGAGAUGUCAGCUGGUUGGUAUCAUCCUUAGUGCAUUGGGCUACGCCCUCAGCAGUUUGACUAACCGACUCGAGCUCCUUAUCCUUUGCCAGAGUGUCCUUAAUGGACUGAGCUGUGCACUCAUCGUUCCUACUAGUAUAGUUCAGGUCAGUAAGUACUUCCGAAAACGUAUUGGACUGGCCAAUGGAAUACUGAUGGCUGGAUUUUCCCUCGGUGGACUCGUUAUGCCCCCAAUGAUCCAAUUUAUAGUUCGGGAAUACACGCUGCAUGGCGCUCUCCUACUUACAUCCGGCAUUAUCUUCAACGCACUUCCGGCUGCAGUUCUUCAGCGUCCACCAGAAUUCUAUCGUCGAAUAUUAAAACGAAAAGAUCAUCUGGGUGGUUUACAACACAUUAUAUCUUCCGAUUCAAAAGACACAAACGAUCAUAACAAAAUGGACCAACCGCUUAUCAGUGAAUCUGGUAACCAGCUGAAAUCUAAAAUGUCAAUCUCUGAAGCUACUUUAUCAACAAUAGCACUUAACAAUAAAAUUAUGAAGAGAGGAGAACUGGAUUUGCAAUUGGCUACGAAUUCGCUGCCAAAUUUACUUCAUUCGGGAUCGUUAUUUGGAUUGAUGUCAGGUGUACUUUUUGCAAUUAGCAAUCCAUUGCUAAAGGAAAUAGUUGGUGAUGAAGACUUCGCUGCUGCCAUUGGUAUUGCAAUCUUUACAAAAAGUGUCGUCCUGUGUGUAAUGGUACCACUACUAGGUUACCUCCGUGAUGCAACAUGUACAUAUCAUGUGACAUUCCAUUGUAUGGGUGCAACAUCGUGUGUAGCAGUGUGUAUACUGAUUUUGUUUGGAGUGGUCUUUCCGAAACAUUCUUCUUAA